GGGGAAGCGCUCUGUGCUUCAGAGGGCUCGCGCACACCGGAGGAGCAGCAGCAGCAGCAGCAGCAGAAGCAGCAGCCCAGCAAGAAGAAAGUGAUUUCACAUUAGCGGACUACAGCCUUCUGCGUGCUGUGGCCUGUUCCUUCAGUGAUUUAGUGACGUUUUAACAGGGUGAUACUAAAGUUAAAUCGACGCUGAUAAUAAUAUCGAUACCAGAAGUAGGCUACUAUGGAGGACCAGCUGCUGUGCUGCGAGGUGGACUCCAUCAGGAGAGCCUACCAGGACGUCAACCUGCUCAACGACAGAGUUCUACACACCAUGCUGAAGGCAGAGGAAAACUACCUACCGUCGCCAAACUACUUCAAGUGUGUUCAGAAAGAAAUUGUACCCAAAAUGAGGAAAAUAGUUGCCACCUGGAUGUUAGAGGUUUGCGAGGAACAGAAAUGUGAGGAGGAGGUUUUUCCGCUGGCUAUGAACUAUUUGGACAGAUUUUUAUCAGUGGAGGCCACCAGGAAAACAAGACUGCAGCUGCUGGGAGCUACAUGCAUGUUUCUAGCAUCCAAGAUGAAGGAGACUGUGCCCUUAACUGCGGAGAAACUCUGUAUCUACACGGACAACUCGGUCCAGCCCGAAGAGCUGCUGCAAAUGGAGCUGCUGGUUCUCAACAAGCUGAAGUGGGAUCUGGCUUCAGUCACGCCGCACGACUUCAUCGAGCACUUCCUGUCCAAGCUGAAGAUCUACCCGUCCACCAAGCAGAUCCUCAGGAAGCACGCCCAGACCUUCGUGGCGCUCUGUGCUACAGAUGUCAACUUCAUCGCCAGUCCUCCGUCCAUGGUGGCGGCGGGCAGCGUGGUGGCAGCUGUUCAAGGGCUCUACCUGAAGAGCCAAGAUGCCUCCUUGUCCUCCCAGAACCUCACCAACUUCCUGUCGCAGGUCAUUCGCAGUGACCCGGACUGCCUGCGGGCGUGUCAGGAGCAGAUAGAGUCUCUGCUGGAGUCCAGCCUGCGGCAGGCUCAGCAGCACGGCAGCACAACAGAAACCAAACGCGUGGACGAGGACGUGGACCUGUCCAGCACCCCGACAGACGUCAGAGACAUCAACAUCUGAAAUGACCGGCACCCGCAUCGCACGAUGACCCGAUGAUCGAGGGAAAGUUGUCGACAAAGGGCGGCGACGGGUGGGCUGGGGAGGGGGCGCCUCAUCUGAACUCGGCCUCCCCUCCUCCUCCUUCUUCCCGGCGGGCUGCUCUCAUGGCCGACAUGUCACUCACACGCCCGCUGUCCCCCACUGCUGCCAGGACGGGACAGAGCGCCCUGCGACAAACCCCAAGUCACAUUACCUGCCGGUGUGCCCUCCCAUCCUGGGAAAAGAAACGAACACUACAGAAAUGUACCAGAGAAAACAGACAGCGUACUGACGGCCUGCGGGUUAGGGCUGGAGUCGAAGCCACAAAACAGACAUUUUAGUAGAUAUUUGUUCUUAUUCCCUCAGAUAUUAAACUAGGAAUCUUUAAAUUACCGCAGACUCAACUUGCCUACUAAAACAUCCCAAAGUGUCAUGUACAGUAGGUCCUUGUAGUCUGCCUUCAGGUCUUCACCUGAAAUCGGACUUUUAUUAAAGAGAAGAGGCUUUUUUGUGUUUCAUUUCUCUUCUGUUAUAUCUAGAAUGUUCUAGCCUUCCUGUCCAAGCUCCAUGUUUGUCUUGUUGCGGUGCAGACAUGCAUACAUCCCUGCUUGCUUGUGUUUAGUCACUUUAUUAUAUAUAAUUUUAGACCUCUUUAUCAAUUAGUCUUAUACCUCUUUUCUUCCAAGCCUUUUGUUUUUUAAACCAAGUGUAGUGUGAGACGCUCAGUUUUUCUGACCGCAGUGACUGUGGACUGCUGAUGUCCAGGUUCGGACACAUGUGAUUCUUUGUUCGUUCGCGUUGCCCGUUUCAGCUUGCUGUAGUUUGAGAAGAUCAAAUCGAUGCACAACCAAGCAGAGCGAUCCACAGUCUGUUAUGUUUCCUUUCUCCGUGUAGUUAAACCUAAACCAUUCCAACUUUGUGUUCUAAAAAAAGCACUUUUGGUCAGCGCUGCUGGUCGUCUAAAAAAUCACAGUGAGAAAGUUUGUACAACAACAUGAAAAAGGAAUGGGGGUUUGAGCAGGAAUCUUCUGGUGACGGAGAGUCAGAGCAGCACCUGCAGACAGUUGCACCUGGAUCUGAGUCAUCUAAUGGGACAAAUGAAUUGACCAGUAAGGCAGAAAUCCUUUUUUGUAAAAACAGGACCGACUGCUGCGUGGCCCUGCGGUGAGUCUCGCAGAGCCGGGCGCCUGCUGUUGCUGAGUUUCAGUUCAGCAAAUGUUUCGUACAGGCAGCGCUGCUCUUACAUUUAAAGCUUGUCACUGAUUCAGUUCAGCCUCAGUGCGCAGAGCCAAAAGCUGAAGGUCCAGAGGUAAAAAGAAGUAUUAUUUUUAGGGUUAAAAUAAUACUUUAUUUUUAUACAGUUAAAAAUAUUAUUUAUUUUUUUAGCUUGCACUUUCUAGUUUGCUAACGAACCGUGGCUCCACCUACUGGUGUUGAACUGUGCCUGCAGAGCAGCCCUGCCGUCCAGAAAGAUUUGUAAAACUAAAACCCCGGUCUGCCUCUAAGUCACCAGGACAACAUCUCCUCCGCUGCUCCGCCUCAGUUCAAACACUGCUCAUGGAUUCUGGGAAGGGGGUGAAGCUAAAAAACACAGAAGAGGAGUGUUGAGACUAUUGACAUGAUUUUGCACAAACCUAAAAGACGUGGGCUGCGUUUCUUGGGGACUUGCCUAAAAGAGUGGAGAGCAAAGCUGGCAAGAGUACGGGGGGGGGAUGGGUCCGCAAAAGUGGCAAAAAGGGUGAAGGCUCAACAGGGAGGUGUGUCUUAAUGCUGUAGAGUUCCAGUCAGGGUUCCUGCACAGGGCGGGACGCUGUCGUGUAUACGUUAAAUAUGACGACGGACAGAUUACCACAGGCGGAGGGCUCUCUUCAAAUCCCACUCUGCAAAAAGUGUUGAACUGUGUGACUGUCCAACUGUGCAGGAACCCUGCGCAUUAGGUUUCUGAUUGUACAUUAAGGAUAGAGAGUAGGAGAGAAACACUCCUUGUAUUCCGCUGCUAUAGAAAAUAAAUCCCAGCUACGUGUAAAAAAAAAAAGAGACAAAAAAAAGAUGACAAAAACGUAAUGGAUUAAAACCGAUGCUUUUCUCUUGUUGUUUGCUGCUACAUUUUUGGUUGGUUUUUUAUACAUAUAAAUGUCAAUAUACUGCCAUUCUAGGUUUGAAUUUUCUCAUAGAAAAUUGUGUUAUUGACAUCCUCAUUUGUUGUUUUUGUGUAGAUUCUAUGUGAUCAGUUUUUUGUUUAUAAUUACGUAAUAUGAUUUUCCGAACUAUUCCAAAAAACAAGGAAAAAUGAGACAAUGUACAGAAAUGCUUUGAUCCACAAUACCUCAUGUGACAGUCAAAAUCUAUCUCUAAUUUUUAGUCUUUUUAUUUGUUUAGUUCUUGUUCUAUUCUCCUCGUCGGUCAGUGCCGACUAGCUCUGUUCGACCUGCUUGAGGCGAAGCAUCCGCUAUGGAAACCAGCGAGUCCGGGCCACGCUUUGAUACUGGUGCCAUAACAGAGGAACUCUGUUGAGUGUUAAGCUGUCUCGCUGAAAGAGACUUUAUCCCCCUUUAGGCCCAUAGUGGCCUUAUUUCCUUUCCCCCUUUUUAUAUUUAUGAAAGACAAAAGCUUUUUGCUCCAAUUUUCAAACUGUCAGUGAGUUGAUUUGAGUUUGUAAAUAGAUUCCGUGUCGUGCUCGGUAAGCCAUAGACUGUUUUCCUUUUGUUUUUACAAAUCAUUCCACACAGUUGUGUCUACUUCAUGCCAGUUGUCUGCCGCUGGGACAGACAGUGUGUUCAUAUUUGUGUCGACUACACAAUAAAAACAUGAAUUAGAUGGAUUCUGGAAAACUGUGUGUUCUUGCCCACGGGAGAUGGUGAUGUUAGAAUGGAGUGACAGUACUGCCGGGUUCACCUGAUGGGAGACAGGUGCUAGCAGCUGUGUGAGGGUGCGCUGACAACACCACACUAGAGCAAUCCCAUUUGGGUUUAAUGACCACGAGCGACUGACGGGACUUCCGUAUCACGAAGCUCCAAGCAGAUAUAUAAAAUCUGAGUUUCCAAUUACGACCUGGAUGUUGGCGUGAACCCCAUCUGUGACCACUGCGCCGUGACUUCAGCUCGGAUAUUUUCUGAGGUUUUAGGAAGCUCCCUCCAGAGCCGCAGACGACAGCUUUCCUCCCCGUGACUAGUGAACCGACCUCUGCGUAAAACUGGAGUUCCCCUUAUGGAUCACAAAUAUAUAGUUUGAUUUUUGCAAACUCAUUUCGUAAAACAGCUGGGAAAUGUAGUUUUCAGCAAACGUUACUCAAACAGAAGUAUAAAGUGUAUUUGUUGGGGACUAUUUUUAGCUGCAAAUUAGCCUUGGCUAGAACUCCUAAAUGCAACACAUCUGUAUCGUGUUCUUGUAACCUGUUACAAUGUUUUUUGCAUUGUCCCUGACAAAUAAACUAAUAAAAAAUA